AUGGACACAAAGACACAUUUUACUUUUGUCCUGUUAGGAAAAACAGGUUCAGGAAAAAGUGCAACAGGAAACACAAUACUGGGACAAAGAGCUUUUUCUUCACUGAAGAGUCACAAAUCUGUGACUCAAGAUGUUCAGAAAGAAUGUGACACUGUAUGUGGAAUCCCGGUCGCUGUUUAUGAUACUCCAGGAUUCUGUAACACAGAACUGAGUGAUGAACAGAUCAGACAGAAAUGUCAGAAUGUUCUCAGCUCAUGUGAAUCAGAAUCAGAAAUCUGUUCGUAUCUUCUGGUCAUCAGUGCAGACAGAUUCACUGCAGAAGAGAGAAGAACUGUGGAGCAGAUUGAGGAUCUCUUAGGAGAAGAUCGUCUGAAGAAAACCUGGAUCCUCUUCACCAGGGGAGACGAACUGGAAGAGGAUCAGACAAUUGAUAAAUUUAUCAAUAAAACUGAUGAUCUGAAGAAGCUGGUGCAGAAAUAUGAGAACAGAUACCACGUCUUCAACAACAAGAAGAUAAGAGGCUCUGAUGAACAAGUGAAAUCUCUGAUUGUAAACGUUGUACAGACAUAUCUACAAUCUGCAACACAUCUACACAGAAAAAAAGAGAAAACAGAAAUUUCCACCAGUUCAGACAGAAGAAUCAUUCUGCUGGGGAAAACUGGUUUUGGGAAAAGUGCAACAGGAAACACCAUCCUGGGAGAGAAACGUUUUAAAUCUAAACGUAGUAUGAUUUCUGUCUCUAGUAAGAGUGAAGCUCAGAGUGGACGUGUUGAUGACAGGAAUGUGACAGUGAUUGAUACUCCAGGGCUCUUUGAUACGAGAAACAAAAUAAAAAAUGCAAAUGUUGCUUAUGAAGAGUUAGAUGAAGAGAUAGGAAGAAGUAUCUAUUUAUCCAGUCCAGGACCUCACGCUUUCCUCAUGGUUCUACCAGUAAAUAUCAGGUUCACAGAACAGGAAGAGGAAGUUAUUCAGAAAAUUGAAAUGUUAUUUGGAGAGGAUGUGGCGAAAUAUACAAUUAUUCUCUUCACUCAUGGAGAUCAGUUAGAUGAAGAUGAAAACGUGGAGGAUCUCAUUAGUGAGAAUGAAUCUUUAAGAAAGCUUGUAGAGAAGUGUGGAGGUGGUUAUCACGUCUUCAACAAUAGAGAUACAAUUAACAGAGAGCAGGUCAGUGAGCUGUUAGAGAAGAUCGACAGAAUGGUGGAGCAAAACGGAGGAAGCUGCUACUCCAACGAGAUGUUUGAGGAAGCAGCCAGAUUCAAAAGAGAGGAAGAAGAGAGGAUGAUGCAGGAGGAAGAAGAGGGAAAGCAAAGAGAACAAAAACAAAGACAAGAAGAAAUUGAAAAUAUAAAAAGAGAGACAGAAGACAAAAUUAAAUGGGAGAAACAAGAGGAAAUGAAUAAAUUAAGAUCACAGUUAGAAAAGAAAGAGGCUCAAAAGAAAACUCAACCCAGUGGAUUCAGUCGGUUUUGGAGAAAGUAUAAAACAUAUAUUAUAUUAGGUGUCUGUGGAGCUAUACUUGUAGGUGCUGGUCUUGGUAUUUUGGCUUUUGCUGGUGGUGCUGCUAUUGCUACUGUUACUGUUACUGCUACUGUUACUGGUACUGCUGCUGGUUGUGGGGCUGCUAUGGCUGUAGCUAGUGGUGCUACAUGUGUUGGUGCUGCUGUUUAUGCUCACAAACAAGAGAAGAAGAAGAAAGAGGAAUAG